AACUAGGUGGAGCAAAGCAAAACCGAUCGAUGCACGCAUGGUUACUGAUCUAAACAACCUAGAUAUUAACCGUAUAUAGUUAAAUGGCUUUUCAUAAUAAACGGAAGAAAAGCAAUAAAUUAUCAAUACUAGUGGCAGGAUCGUCAGGAUGUGGGAAAACAAGCUUGGUCAAUCGCUUUGUUGGGGAUACUUUCACAGAAGAACAUAUUCCUACACAACGUAUAGGUGCUAAGUCACAUACUGUUGAAGUAAAUGGAAAAGAAAUUCGUCUACAGCUUACAGACACAGAUGGAGAUAGAAAGUACGAGGGCUAUUCUAUCAAUUACUAUGAAGAAAUGGAUGCAACUAUUAUCGUCUAUGAUAUAUCAAAACAAGAAUCUUUAGAGACAGCGAGCGAUAUAUUAAAGCGAUGGAGAACAUACACCUUCGGGAUUGCGAAGGCCUUUGCAUUUCUAGUAGGAAACAAAUCUGACAUGGAACGUGAAAUAAACAAAGUGGACGUCGAGAAUUUUGCAGAGAAGGAAAAUUUACUCCACACAGAAACAAGCGCAAAAACGAACGAAAAUGUAACGGAGAUGUUCAUGUCACUUAUCAAACGACUGGCUAAUGAUGGUGAUGUUGGUGGCGGUAAUAAACCUGCAGACGAUAGCCCGCCAGGUGGCAGUAAUAAACAAGCCGACGAGACCACGUCUGAACUGAAUGUGGAUGCCAGUAAAACUGUUCAUGCAGAUACUGCGCCUUCUACCACAACGCAAAACAGCAACUGUUGUGUUAUAUGCUAGUCAAUGCCAAGGGGUCAUGGUGGUUAAAGUAAACAAUUGAAAAGGGGCUGUCAACCAGCAUCCGAAAUCCAAUCUACUUUAUGAACAUACGUUGUACCUCAACACGUUAGCUGCAAUAUUGUUUUGACAGAACUCUUUUUAAAAACUUUUAAAGAUAUAAUUGUUUCAUAUGAUAUUAAACACUAUUUUUAUGUACUUAUAGUCUCAUAUUGGAUUAAAUGAAAUGACAGACGAAACAAUAUUGUUUUCUACUGUUUUUGCAGCUUCAUUAGAAACACAAGAUUUGAAAGGGUUAAAUCAGCAUUAUAUGUCUUUAUGAUAUGUUUGUUUAUUAUGAUUACAUUUGAUAUGAAUGAGGUCCAAUUCUGUCAAAGCGACAAAAACCCAACCAUAGAGCAGACAACAGCUGAAGGCCACCAAUGAGUCUUCAAUGGAGCGAGAAACUCCCGCACCCGGAGUCGUCCUUCAGCUGGACCCUAAAAGAUAUGUAUACUAGUUCAGUGAUAAUGGACGUCAUACUAAACUCCGAAUUAUACACAAGAAUUAAACUAAAAUUAAAAACCCUACAAGA